AUGCCUCCAGGCCAAACACCUCAUACUGUUGUGAUGUAUGCCCACAAUGAUUUGGUUGACAAGGUUCAACCUGGUGACCGUGUUACAGUCACAGGUAUAUAUAGAGCUACUCCACUUCGUGUGAACCCACGUCAAAGAAACGUCAAAUCUGUCUACAAGACUCAUAUUGACAUUGUACAUUUCCGUAAAGUUGAUACAAAACGUCUGCAGGUCAAUGAAGAUGCUGAUGGGAAACCAAGCAUGAUGGAUCCUAAAAGAAUUGAGGAACUGAAGAAACUUUCUGAGACACCUGACAUAUAUGAACGUCUUGCAAAAGCAAUUGCACCAAGCAUCUAUGAGAAUGAAGAUAUCAAGAAAGGCAUUUUGUUGCAAUUGUUUGGAGGUACCAAGAAAGAUUUUAGCAGCACUGGGCGGGGCAAUUUCAGGUCUGAAAUAAAUAUAUUGUUAUGUGGAGAUCCUGGAACCAGCAAGUCCCAGCUGCUGCAAUAUGUUCACAACUUGGUGCCUCGGGGUCAGUACACCUCUGGUAAAGGAUCCAGUGCUGUGGGUCUCACAGCUUACGUGACUCGUGAUCCAGAAACAAACCAGCUUGUUUUGCAAACUGGUGCUCUUGUCCUUAGUGAUAAUGGAGUGUGCUGUAUUGAUGAAUUUGACAAAAUGAAUGAGAGUACCAGGUCUAUCCUUCAUGAAGUCAUGGAACAGCAAACACUGUCCAUUGCCAAAGCUGGUAUUAUUUGUUCUUUGAAUGCUCGCACUUCAAUUUUGGCUGCUGCCAAUCCUGUUGAAUCUCAAUGGAAUAAAAACAAGACCAUCACAGAAAACAUUAUGUUGCCCCACACACUGCUUUCAAGAUUUGAUCUUAUUUUCCUGAUUUUGGACCCACAAGAUGAAAUGUUUGAUAGACGUUUGGCCAGCCAUCUUGUUUCCCUCUAUUUUCAGAGCAAAGAAGAUGUUGAGGGAGAAAACAUGGAUAUGAGUAUAUUGAGAGAUUAUAUUGCAUAUGCCAAGAAUUACAUCAACCCCAAGAUUGGGGAAGAAGCUGGCCAGGCUUUCAUUCAGGCUUAUGUUGAUAUGAGAAAAGUUGGCAGCGGACGUGGUCAAGUGUCUGCCUAUCCAAGGCAACUGGAAUCUCUUAUUAGAUUGUCAGAAGCUCAUGCUCGUAUGAGGUUCUCAAAUGUUGUUGAGGUUUCAGAUGUUGAAGAAGCUAAAAGGUUGUACAAAGAAGCUUUGAAGCAAGCAGCUGUAGAUCCUUCAACUGGUAAAAUCGACAUCACCAUUCUGACAACUGGCAUCAGUGGUGCAGCCAGAAAACGCAGGGCAGAAAUUACACAAACUCUCAAAAAAUGUAUCAAGGACAAAGGAAAAGUUCCAACACUCAAAUACCAGAAAUUGUUUGAAGAAUUUCGAGAGGGAUCUGAUUUUGUAAGUUUCUUUUCAUUUCCCAAGCAUUUUUUCUGA